AUUUUGUAGGAAAAAUUACAGAGGAAAGAAGAAAGCGGAGAGGUUAAAGAAACCGUAACCGCACGAAUUGUUAGCUCCUGGAGCUUCAGACACCCCUCUCUGCAGCGUCUCCGGCCACCCACCGGCUUCUCCGGGAACGUUACCCUCUCGCUGCCGCCUCAGGCUUCUGUGCAAAUCCACCCUGCGAACGCCCACGUCGCGUCCUGCACCGCUCAAAACCCACGUGCCGACCGGCUUGAGCCACCUUCUCCGGCGAACCACGAGCAUUGACGGUGCGGCUUGCUUUCUGUUGCAACGACGAGUACCCUGACGCUCGACCACCGGCGACGACUCUUUCAGCUGCGGUGUGGCGGUUUUGCAAACGCUCCUGCAAUCCAGAUCUGUAAACUCAAUCUAGUUGUGUGUUUGGAUUUGUGACUCACAACCUGAUGGACCUUGAAUCUGAACAACCAUUGCCUGUGGAUCUGUGAGUUCGAGCCGAGAUCCAAGUUUUUUGUGGCGAGGAUUAGUAGGUUCGGACGAUUGGAAUUAAGUUUAAGGCCGAUUUUGGGUAAGAACUCGUCGGCAAUUUCUCAUUAGCCUGAAACCACUCAUCUUUUCUUUCAAUUGAGUUUUGUUAAUGGCGCUGUGGUCCUCAUCAUCGUCUCCGAAAGGGAUUGUCGUGACAUUUCCGGUGCUCUUACUCAGUGCCUUUUCUGUGAUUCUCUUUUGCUUCUUCUUCAUAUCCAAUUUCUCCUCUUGUCCAUGCCCUGUUUCUCCCCACAUUGUUGUCUCCAGUAUUGCUGCCGGCGCCGGCGCCGGCGCCGGAGAUGGAGCCCAGAUUGGUGAUGGGGUUCUGACAAACAAAGAGGAUGUUGACUGGGUGAAGGAUCAGAUCAAAGCUAAUGGGUUGCAGAUGCAUGAUAAUGUGCUCCGAAAAGGCAUCAACCCUCGCACUAGGGCUCAACAGCUUGAAGAUCUCAGACAGUUCAAGGGUAUAUCACAUUAUGAGGGAUCCGACGAACAGAACCGAACAGCACUGCCAUGCCCUGGUGAGCUCCUGGUAGAAGAACACCAUAGUAACUAUGGUGAACCUUGGGCAGGCGGGCGAGAUGUGUUUGAGUACCUAGCUGAGUUCUCUCAUAUAACGCCGGAUGCACACGUUUUGGAGAUUGGGUGUGGCACUCUACGAGUUGGCUUGCAUUUCAUACGAUACCUUAAGCGUGGACAUUACCAUUGUCUUGAGAGGGACGAGCUCUCCAUGAUGGCUGCCUUUAGGUAUGAGCUUCCAUCUCAAGGUCUCUUAAGCAAGCGCCCAUUAAUUGUGAAAGGGGAGGACAUGGACUUCAAUAAGUUUGGCUCUGAAGUUCUUUAUGAUUUGAUAUAUGCUAGUGCUGUGUUCCUUCAUAUGCCUGAUAAGCUUGUCUGGGUUGGACUAGAGAGGCUUGCUAACAAAUUAAAGCCAUACGAUGGACGAAUCUUUGUGUCCCAUAACAUAAAGUUCUGUUCACGGUUGGGCGGGGAGGAAUGUACAAAGCGUCUAAUGAACUUAGGACUUGAGUAUCUAGGAAAGCGCACACACGAUAGCUUGCUUUUCAAUCACUAUGAGAUCUGGUUCGAGUUCAGACGAUCGAAGCCUUAGUAGUAGUAGUAGUACUAGCAUUCUCUUUGUAUUGUCCGGACCAAGUUCCCAAUAUGUGAAAGAUGAAUAUAGGAAGCUAAGCUAUCAACCGUUCAUAUCGUUCGUAUUGCUUGCUAGUCUUGGUGGAUGAGAAUGCCAUUGACACUUUCAGCUCCUUGACUGGUUUUAUGGAGAAUCCAGGAGAAAUUGGCCAACCCUUGAGCAUGUUUGAGUGGCAACACAUAUCAUUUCAUUGGUCACUAGAAAGAAGAAAAUGGCUUUUCCUUUGUAUGGUGAUUAGCUUGAAUAAGGAAAAGAGUGCCUUCUCUCUUCUCCUGUGUGCCUUUUUGUUGUAUGUACUCUUUGUAAUCUCUAUUCAAUAGCUUGGAGCUUCUUUUUUUGAUCUACAAGCUUUAAUCAUGUCCAAUUCAUUA